GAGUAGCAUAAUACCAGACUCCAAGUCAUGUAAGUGCUGGUUAAGGAAAAGACAGUGGAAUUGAGGCUGAAGUAGUCCAUGAACUUUACGUUGGCUUCUAACAGAAAGCCUUUGAAUCAGAAGGCGCUCUGCAGCACUCUGCCCCGGCAAGCAGCGAGGGGGGUUCCACAGUCUCCAGCUAGAAAAAUCCAGGACAUCCGAGAGAUGGGGAAAAGAGAACUAAAGGUUUCUGUUCCAACAUUUGGCAAGAUUCCUUGGCUUAGUGAGGCCAGCCUCAUAAACAAGCCAUUAGUGCUCAGCAUCCCCAAAAGAUAUCCUCAUGCCUCUGCUACUUUUCUGAUUUCAUCCAAGAAGGAUAGGAAUUUGCCUAUUUUGUUUCAAGUUCCAGAUGUCUUAUCUAAGGCCAGGAGGAUCCAGAGUAACCCCAUGCUGAUCAGAAACAAGCAGCUGUGCUCCAUAUGUCAAGAAAUAAAAAUGGUACAACCAAGAACUAUGAUAAUCCCUCAUAAUCUGAAAUUAUCCUUUGAGAAUUUUAUGAGUCAUAGAAUGAUGAGUCUUCCUCCACCAAAAACUCAGACUGUAUCCAAAUGUUCCCAUAAUGACAUCUCAACAGAUUCUAAGAAGCCCUUGUUUUUCCUUCUUCUUGCACUGUCCUCCAGAGAGUAUUCACUACAGACUGCCCAUUCUGGGCCCCAGGACAGCUGUCUUCCACGGACUGUUGGCAGAUACCUACGCAACUCUGCGGGACACACAACUCUCUUCCUUGCCCAGAAAGGAGCCAAAGGGCAAGACAAUGAGGCAGUGAGUGGUCAGAGCUCACUAUGGAGCUUCACCUUCCAGACUCACAGAGAGAAAACAAGUUAACCAAGGCAGUUUCAGGCAUAUUAGCCUAAUUCCCUCCUGUCACCAAAAAGGUGACUCACUUUUCCCUUGUUGUAAGUUGCUCGAAUUCUAGCUCUUGCCAUUGUCUUCUCAUUUUCCUAAAGACAAGUGAUUUAAUUGCCAUGAUUAUAAGGAUUUACUGAUUAAAAUGGAACA